AUGUGGGCAGUACACAUUGAAAUCGCCCAUUCCCUGGAUGCGGAAUCCUUUCUUUGUGCUUUCAGUAUAUUCGUGAGCCGACGUGGACAACCGUCUGACGUCUAUAGUGAUAACGGCACCGACUUUACAGCAGCACAUUCCGUCCUCGAAGAAGAGUUUGAGAAACUUCGCGCCAAAUCUUCCCAGUCAACCAUCACAGAUCGUUUACGAAAGCAAUACAUUCAGUGGCACUUUAAUUCCCAUGCUGCCAGCCACAUGGGUGGCAUUUGGGAGAGGCUUAUUCGCUCGAUUCGACGAAUAUUGAAAGCCUUGUUACAAGGACAGAGAGUGAAUGACGAAUCCUUGGUGACGUCCAUGGCAGAGACGGAGAGAAUUCUGAACGACCGUCCAUUGACCCGUCAAGAAGAUCAUCCGAAUGACCUUGAACCGUUAACCCCAAAAAGUUACUUCUCCUGCGAUCAGAGCAACCACCUCCUUUCGGAAGUUGGGUAGUCGCCGACAAGUUCUCUAAACGAUGGAGACAAGCUCAACAGCUCGCGAGUGCAUUCUGGAAAAGAUGGGUUAAAGAAUAUUUACCUCUACUCCAGGAACGACAGAAAUGGCUGACAGUAAAGCGAAAUUUACAACCCAAAGAUCUCGUGUUAUUGUUGGACGAGAGAUUGUGUCGAGAACAGUGGCCUCUUGGUAUUGUCGAAGAGGUGUAUCCUGAUAAGAAUGGUCGAGUACGACAAGUCCUGGUGCGCCCAUCGAAGUCGAAGUUCAAAAGGGACAUUAGGAAAUUAUGUUUGUUGGAAGGAGACUGUUAA